UAUUAUGUGAUUUAAUUUUAGAUUAAAUGCUAAACGUGCGUGCUGUUUUGUUGGCGUGUUGUACUCUUGUUUUGCAAAGUAUUUUGCAACUUGGUACAAUCUUUCGUGCGGUGUUACAAUUGUGCAUAUACAUUCACAAUGAUGGACUGUAUACAUUUUUGUAUUAUACAUUUUGUAAACGAGUAUUUUUAUUUACAUAUUAUGCUAGCCACGAAAAAUACACUGCUAAGGGCGAGAUUCGUGAGUAGAAGGUCUACCCCUGCUCUUCCAUCUAACUCGUAAUGAUUCCAGCACCGUUAAUAGAACACACAAUGACAAUGCCAAAAUUAUGCGAAGCUAGACUGGAGUAAAAUGUUAAGAUGGUUGGGUCCACGAAAGGGUUCCCCAGAUCGACAGGCCGAAGAGGUAACCGAGGAUCCCCUCGCGGCGAUUGGCCCGAAACGGAAAGGCGACAAAAUUUAUUCCGUCAGCAGGGUGAAUCCGAUAUUCGAUGACGGUUGCCCGUCGACUGCGGUUAAGGUGAAAACGGUUCCUACGCGAGAUAGUUAUCCGCCAAGCGCCGAAAAAUCCGACUCGUCCGGCUAUUGCGGAAGUCGCGUGGGACCUAGCGACGAGCGGUUGAGGUUGCGCGAUGAUUUGGUGGUGGAACAAAAUUCGGCGUACGUUAAAUCGAUUCAGGUUGCACCGCUGUGCGUAAAAUCGAAGUCGAUACCAUCGCUAGGUUCGGGUUCGUCAACCAGGGGUACGCUAACUACAAUUCCUGAGGGCAAAGUGGACUUGGGCGUGCCAAAACCCAUUUGGCCCAACGGACUGAAACACAUUAGUCAAUACGAUUCGCUCGUUGACGAAGCUUUACUAUUGUACACUAGCACAAGUUAUGUUCCUAAUGACCAAGUCAGUCUUGAGAAAGACGUUUCGCUACGUGAAGUUUUAGUCGACCUUUCGAACUGCAUCAGUGCUACAAUAGAGGGUAAGAGCGACGUCGCGCCGGAAGUUAUGUUGAAGGCGGUCAAAGAAAAAAUAACUGCCAGUCUAGGUUUGCUGAGAAACUCGACCGAGGAGGACAUGCGUAAAUUGUGCAUCAAUCUAAGCAAGCUUCAGCAGGUUAACUCAGUCGUGAGAGCCUUUACUAACUCGUCCUCUAGCGGGAAUUCCAGCCAAGGUUCGCCGGAGCUGAACAGUGCCAGGGAGAGAAGAAUUUCGGACGAGGCGGACGAAAUCUAUCAGGUUCCUUCGGGAUCGUCCAGUAGUGGUUUUAGUGACUCCGUAAAACACUAUCCCGUUGCUAAGUUUACGCUGCCACAAGACGACGCUGCCUUACAGUCGCAAGGUAUUCGAAACGCAAUUAUAUACGGUACGUUGUGUCGGACGAACGUUAAAGUUAGUAGUGCCAAUGAUAAGUUGUGUGCUCCAAAUGGUAAUGGCGCAGAGAGGAAGAGGAGUCUGUUGCAGUCGAAUCCGGAUAGCAAGCCGAGCGUGUGGCAGCAAUACUAUGGAGUCAAUAUUGCUCAAGGAAGUAGCAGUAAGCAUAAUCCCAAGCCUUCCGAUGUACCACUUUAC